AUUUCUUCUGUGAACUGAAGUGCUGAAACAUUUAAAUUUCUACAUCAUAUGCUAAUACUCUGGAUGGUGGCCAUCAUAGUUAACCCCAAGAGGCCAAUAUUAUCUUAUUCCAUGGAUACUGUGCAUUCAGCUGUCGAUUCAUUGCUGUCAAUUGGACGAAAAAUAUUGAUACUGUAAUUUGUGUUUAAUGAUAUAUUAUUUGCUAAAACUUUGUCUGCUCUGCUGUUGUUGGUCUUCUGCCUGUCUGGGUCAUAAAGGUUAGUUUGAUCAUUUGAGUGCUGUGAAUAAUUUGGUGCUUACUGAGUGGUGAGUGAUUUAGUGCUGUUAAUGAAGUCUACAACUUCUUUUUAAUUGAGUCUUAAUUCAAUAUUAAAAAGGAUGAGCUGCAUUCUACAUGCUAACAAUGUGAGCGGUCGUAAACCAUUUUACACUCGAAUAUCCUAGUUACCCGAGAACAAAUCUUUCUUUAUGUGUUAUCGACUUCAUGACGUUAAGUCAACUUUUUUGUGUGUAGCAGCUGUUACAUUUCAAAGGUCAAAUUCUGUCAUGAAUACCACACAGAAAGUUGAUCCAACGGAAUCAGCUGCUAAGAUUGCUCAACAAGCCUCGCAGUUCAAACGAUGGGGACGUAGACAUCCAUUUGUUCGAUAUGGUCUUCCACUCAUUUCGUUGACAGUGUUUGGUGCGGUUGGUCUAGCUCAUCUUAUACAGGGAAGCAAAGAAGUAACGAAGGAAAAGGAGGAUAUGGAAUGGGAGGUCGUAGAGAAAACAAAAGCUCUGAGCCGAACAGGACCGGUGGAAGGGGCCUAUAAGCCUAAGAAGCUCUCGCUAGAGGAUGAACUGAAGGUAAUGNNNCAAAAGGUGGACAUAAACAGCUACGACUACAAGAGGAUUCCCAAACAAAAUGAAAACAAGUGAAGUAAAGCACCGGUUAUCAUGCUAAGGAGUGGGGGAUUUUCUUAAAAAGCUCUCAAGUAGUUUCUUUCGUAUUGUUUCUCAGUACGUUCCUUGGGAUGCGGUCCAAGUGUCAAAAUGAGAUUACGGAGACAUUAUCAUCAGAGAAGUAUGUGCUUCAUCAGCUACCAGCAGUAGAGACUUAGGUCGAUGAUCCUUUUGAAGGCUUGAACCGUAGGAAUCAUCUGUGUAGCCAUAGGAGAUGGUCAUUUUCACAGUCCGCUCAACUGAGUUUCUUUUUUUGAGUUGAUCGAAUACUGCCUUCCUUAUCAAGGGCCCAAUAAAUUGUAACACAGUACUCUGACGUGUGAACAAUCAGAUUUUGUAUGUCAUUUCUUGGAAGCUACUCCCUCCGUCCCAUAAUAUAAAGCGUUUUUGACACAGUA